AUGGAAUUACACGAUGCCUCGGAUGCUGUGAUGUGUCGGGCCUUCUCCCUCACUUUAGCCGACGUAGCUCAGCUUUGGUUCAAACAGUUAAAGCUAAAGUGCAUUAGCUCGUUUAUAGAGCUCAGCAACGCUUUCCUCGCCAAUUUCAUUGAUGGGAAGAAAAAGUUGAAGUCAUCUACACACUUGAAUAAUAUAAUUCAAAAAGAGGGAGAGCUACUUAAGGAUUAUAUCAAAUGCUUUAAUUUUGAGUCGCUCCAAGUCCGGAAACAUUCAGACGAGAUAGCCCUCAACUUGAUCAUGUAA